GUCGUGAUUGUGUUCCAGGUCGUGAUUGUGUUCCAGGUCGUGAUUGUGUUCCAGGUCGUGAUUGUGUUCCAGGUCGUGAUUGUGUUCCAGGUCGUGAUUGUGUUCCAGGUUGUGAUUGUGGCUGAGAGCCGAGCAGCAGUGAAAGCAGGUUUCCUGGACAGAAUUGACUCAGUAAGACAAGGAGACUACAGUCCCACAGACCAGGACCUGCUACGAUGCAGAGUGUUAACGUCAGGGAUAUUCGAGACGCGAUUCCAAGUAGACAAAGUCAACUUUCAUAUGUUUGAUGUAGGUGGCCAGAGAGAUGAGAGGAGAAAAUGGAUCCAAUGCUUUAAUGAUGUGACUGCUAUCAUCUUUGUGGUUGCCAGCAGCAGCUACAACAUGGUCAUAAGAGAAGACAACAACACAAACAGGCUACGGGAAGCCCUGGAUCUCUUCCGCAGUAUCUGGAAUAACAGGUCUGUUAUUAUGUCGUAGAACAACAAUCACUAGAGCGAAACAUUCUCAUCCAAGCCACCAUUUUGUGAUGGGGUGGAUUGGGACCAGAUGAAGUGUAGAAGGAGGAAGUU